CCAAGGUGUGUUCUACCUGUAGAGAUGAUGACACCUGUAUGAGUGAGGAUAAGAUCACCUGGAGGUGUGAGAGGAAAGCCCCUACACCUACACCACCUCGGAUAACUGUUACCACCACCAAUCCUCCUAUCAUGGCCCCAGAGGUGGUGUGUGGGCAGAGCAUGAUACAGGUGGGUCUAAACAGGGCUAACCUGAGGGCCGCUGGUCUGAACGCUUCCACAGCUCACCUGGCCGACUCUAGGUGCUCCGCCCACGAGGAUCGUAACGGCACGGUGUGGUACCAGGUGGAGCGCAGGGAGGGACGCUGUGGAAACACCCUGGAGACUAACACCACCCAUGCUGUCUACUCCAACAGCUUAUUUGUUUAUCCAGUAGAUGGGAGGAAUGACUCUCUCUCCCGACCCGUGAGCUUUCCUCUCUCCUGUGUCUAUCCUCUGGGGACAGAGAGCAGUCUGAAUGUGGCCAUCAGACCCUACCUACUGAAUAGUCGUGGAGCUGUUGGAGUCGGUGCCAAGGCCAGAGCCUCCAUGUUUCUGUAUCGUAACUCCAACUACACAGAGUCUUACCCAGCUGGUGAAGUCCUCCUGCCGAUUGGUUCCACUCUGCGCGUGGGCGUGUCCGUAGAGGAGUCCGGGAUGGAGCGUUUUGUUGUUGUUCUAAGGGACUGCUAUGCCAACCAAUCCCCCAACCCUGAUAAUCUCCCGCGGACCUACAUGAUUCAGGACAGGUGUCCUACAAAUCGUACCCAGGUGACCAUGGAGGAAAGCGGCUCGUCCCUCAGGGCUCGCUUCUCUGCUGCGUUGCAGGUGGACUACCGUUACUUCUUCCUGCACUGCAGCCUCAGCCUGUGUGACCAGAGGAGCUCCUCCUGCACUCCAGUGUGCUCUGGAAGGAAAUCUCGCUCUGUGUCUGAUACUGUCCUCCUCAAGCCCAUAGCCAUCGGGCCAAUCAGCUGGGCCCAGAGCCUGGAGUGAGCCUUGGGACCCCCAGCAUAUGACGGAUGGCAGGGGGCCAGAGUCUGGAGUGAGCCUUGGGACCCCCAGCAUAUGAAGGAUGGGUUCCCUCCUGCACUACUCCCCUGAUCUCCAUCCCAACCUACAGCCCAGUGUAACUUUCAAGGGCACAGAAAUACUUUGAUUCUAGUAAUGAAUUUCUGCACUACAGUGUGAUUUCAUUGUACUGUGUAUGUUGUAUACACAUAGACUUGCAUUGUUU